AUGAAUAAUGACGAUGAAGAUUAACAACUAUUCAAUGGUAGGUCUCAUUAUAACUAAGAUCAAUUGAGGCCAGGUUCAGCAAUGAGUGCAAAUAAGUAAGGGAUGACAGGCAGUAAACUAGAUCAAUCAUUGAACAGAGUUACUAAUAAAAUGUAUGAAGAUCUGAACAAUAACAGUCCAAGAAUUGAUGAUGAUGAUCUUGAUGCUGCAGAAGAGGAGCAUUAAAUGAGGCAUAAAUUCAACUAGAGUAUGAAAGCCUCUUAAAUUAACAAUUAAAGCAAUGUUCCUAACAGCAAUAGAGGGGGUGAAAAUAGGCUAUUAGCAAGGUUGAAUUAAAAUAGUUCUUAAAAAAGAAACGAUUCAGUUGAUCCAUUAACUCAGCCAGGAACUACUGAGAAGCAGGUUAUUAUUUAGAAAUUAAGAGGGUAAAAUGAAAAGUUAAAGACUGAAUUAAAAAUAUUGACAUCCAAGCUUGAAGAAUUUGUGGAGAGAUCAAAGCAAAAGAAGUAAGAUAGAUAAGUUUAGCCCAAAGAUGCAGAGAAAGAUCAAUAUAUAAAACAAAAGGAACAUGAACUAAAGCAAAGCUAAAAUAAGAUUUAAUACUACAAAAAAGAAAUAGAAGCAAUGAGGAGAUAGAUUAUUUAGCUGGAAGAUGAAAUGAAGAAUAAAGAAAGAAUAUUAAAAGGUUUACAAGAAGAGAAUGAAUCUCUAAUGAAAGUAUAAAAAGAAUAAGAAAAAGCACUGUAAGCUUUGAAUAAAGAAGGGGAUUAUGAUAAAAAAAUAAAUGAGCUGAAUGAAGAACUUAAGAAGUCAAAAGAGCAUCUUAGAAAAUUGCAAUUCAAAUAAAGAGAAGAGGAAAAAAAUAUGAAAAAUUAGCAUGAAUAGCUAAUUUUAUUAGAGGAAAGAUGUAGAAAAAUGGUUUAAUUGAUAAAGGAAAAGAAAAAAGAGAGGUAGAAAUUGAAGGAAGAGUCAGAAAGUCUUUUAAAUGGAGGAACAUCAAAUAAAUACACUUAAGAAGAACUAGAAAAAUUACAGUAGUAACUCAAAGAAGCUGAAUAAGAAAAGUAGCUAGAAGAAAAGAGAUUGAAAGCUUAAAUAUAGCAAUAAGAAUAAUAGAUUAAAUCACUUUAACAUGAACUUGACCUCUUGAAAAUGUAGAUUAAAGAAAAAGAUUCAGAGUAUAGAAUUAAUGAGAUGAAGAUUAGAGAAUUAAGAAGAUAAGUUCCAGCAAGAGUUUUAAAGCCUUUGGAUUAAAAGACUAAGAUGAUGAGUAAUAAAGGUAAAGGACUAAAUGGAGAAGAAUUGAUGUCAAGUUUAGCUCAAUAGUAGUCAACUCCAAAUAUUCCUAAGCCUUAAAAAAAGCCAGCUCCAAGACCAUAGCCACCCUAAAAUUAAUCUAAGAAUGCCACAAUGCAUAAUAAUGAUAAUAACAGUCACAUGAAUAAUCAGAUGUUUACUUAGCAAAUGAUGAAUUAGUCUAUAAAUCGAGAUAUUGAACAAACAUAUUAGAAUAAUUAUAAAUCAGCAGCAGAAAAUCAUCUUCAACAAAAUGUUGAUUAAAAUGAGCUCUAUGAUGAUAAACAUUAGGAUAACUAGAUGAACUCCUCAAAUAAUAACAACUUCCAAAGCAAUACUAACUUAUGA